CGGAAGAUGGAUAUCACUGAUGAAGGUGCUCAGAUGGAGCCUUUGCUGCGAACGGAGAAUGAGGAGGAGGCAGUGCUGGACCGAGGAGGAACUCGCUCAAUGCUGAAGACCAACUUCGAGCAGGAGGAACUGGAAGAUCACAGGACGCUCUACAUCGGGGUGCACGUGCCCACAGGCCGACGGAGUCACCGCAGGCACGGCCACAGACACCAUGGCCACCGACACAGGAAGAGAAGCAAGGAGAGGGACCCCACCCUGGCGGAGGGGAGGGAGUCCCCGUCCAAUGACACGCCGUCCCAGCGGGUGCAGUUCCUCCUGGGCAUGGAGGACGACGACGAGGAGCACCUCCCCCACGACCUGUUCACCGAGCUGGACGAGAUCUGCCUGCGAGAGGGAGAGGAGGCGGAGUGGAGGGAAACCGCCAGGUGGCUGAAGUUCGAGGAGGACGUGGAGGACGGAGGAGAGAGGUGGAGUAAGCCCUACGUGGCCACGCUCUCCCUCCACAGCCUGUUUGAGCUGCGCAGCUGCAUCAUCAACGGCACCGUGCUGCUGGACAUGAGGGCCGGCUCCCUGGAGGAGGUCAUAGACAUGGUGCUGGACCAGCAGGAGGCGCUGAGUCCCCUGGGGGAGGUGCUGAGGAGGAGAGUGAGGGAGGCUCUGCUCCUGCAGCACCACCACCAGAACCAGAAGAAGCUGGCUAACCGCAUCCCCAUCGUGCGAUCCUUCGCUGACAUGGGCCGCAAGCAGCCGGAGGAGCCCCACAGCACCGACAAGAAUGGUUAGUCACAGACCUACACACCACAGACCUACAGCACCACACACCUACAGCAACAUAGACCUACAGCACCACAGACCAUCCAGAGUGACUUACAGGAAGGUUACACCAUCACCAGGGACAGUUACACCAUCACCAGGGAGGGUUACACCAUCACCAGGGACAGUUACACCAUCACCAGGGAGGGUUACACCAUCACCAGGGACAGUUACACCAUCACCAGGUACAGUUACACCAUCACCAGGGACAGUUACACCAUCACCAGGGAGGGUUACACCAUCACCAGGGACAGUUACACCAUCACCAGGGAGGGUUACACUAUCACCAGGGACAGUUACACCAUCACCAGGGAGGGUUACACCAUCACCAGGGACAGUUACACCAUCACCAGGGAGGGUUACACCAUCACCAGGGACAGUUACACCAUCACCAGGGAGGGUUACACCAUCACCAGGGACAGUUACACCAUCACCAGUCUGUUUGUUUUGUUUUCCUUCCAGAGUGCGAUUGAGUCCCUGUUUGGAGCUUCCAUGACAGGCAUGGCCUACUCCCUGUUUGCUGGACAGCCUCUCACCAUCCUGGGCAGCACAGGGCCUGUGCUGGUGUUUGAGAAGAUCCUCUUCAAAUUCUGCAAGGAGAACGGCUUGUCCUACCUGUCUCUGAGGACCUGCAUCGGCCUGUGGACGGCUUUCCUGUGUCUGCUCCUGGUUGCCACGGACGCCAGCUCGCUGGUGUGCUACAUCACGCGCUUCACGGAGGAGGCCUUCGCCUCGCUCAUCUGCCUCAUCUUCAUCUACGAGGCGCUGGAAAAGCUCAUCCACCUGGGGGAACACUACCCCGUCAACAUGAACAACAACCUGCAGAAGCUCACCCAGUACUUGUGUUCCUGUGUGGAGCCUCCUGAUCCUAGCAACGCCACCCUGCGGUACUGGGACGACAACAACAUCACAGCCUCGGAGAUCUACUGGGAGGCCAUGGAGGUCAAGGACUGCAUCAAGAAUAAAGGGGAGUUUGUGGGCAAGGCCUGUGGCCCUCAUGGACCGUACGUCCCAGAUGUUUGCUUCUGGUCUGUCAUCCUCUUCUUCUCCACCGUCGCCAUGUCGGCGUUCCUCAAGGACUUCAAGUUCAGCCGCUACUUCCCCACAAAGGUGAGAUCCAUCAUCAGUGACUUUGCUGUCUUCAUCACCAUCCUCACCAUGGUUGUGGGGGACUACGCCUUAGGGAUACCUUCUCCUAAACUGCAGGUCCCCAGUGUGUUUAAGCCGACCAGAGACGACCGGGGCUGGUUCAUCAGCCCGCUGGGCCCUAACCCCUGGUGGACCGCCAUCGUGACGGUCAUCCCCGCCCUGCUCUGCACCAUCCUCAUCUUCAUGGAUCAGCAGAUCACGGCCGUCAUCAUCAACAGGAAGGAGCACAAGCUCAAGAAAGGCUGUGGGUACCACCUGGACCUGUUUGUGGUGGGGGUGAUGCUGGGCGUGUGCUCCCUCAUGGGCCUGCCCUGGUUCGUGGCGGCCACCGUCCUCUCCAUCUCCCACGUCAACAGCCUGAAGCUGGAGUCCGAGUGCUCCGCCCCCGGGGAGCAGCCCCGCUUCCUGGGGAUCCUGGAGCAGCGCUUCACCGGCCUCAUGAUCUUCCUGCUCAUGGGCUGCUCCGUGUUCAUGACCUCCGUGCUCAAGUUCAUUCCCAUGCCGGUGCUGUACGGAGUUUUCCUCUACAUGGGAGCGUCGUCGCUUAAAGGCAUUCAGUUCUUUGACCGUCUGAAGCUGUUCGGCAUGCCGGCCAAACACCAGCCGGACUUCAUCUACCUGCGGCAUGUUCCUCUGAGGAAGGUGCACCUGUUCACCAUCAUCCAGCUCACCUGUCUGGCUCUGCUCUGGAUCAUCAAGACCUCCAAGGCUGCCAUCGUCUUCCCCAUGAUGGUGCUGGCGCUGGUGUUCAUCAGAAAGCUGAUGGACCUGUUCUUCACCAAGAGAGAGAUGAGCUGGCUGGAUGACCUCAUGCCUGAGAGCAGGAAGAAGAAACUGGAGGAUGCAGAAGAGGAGGAUGAGGAGCAAAGCAUCCUGGGGGAGGAUGAGGGAGUUGUGCAGGUGCCACUGGAAGGCUAUCCUCGCAAGGGGGAGUCGUCUGAAAUCAACCUGACAGAUGAGCUGUCAAAAGCUUCCUUUGGAAACACCUGGAAUGUUACCAACUCCAAAACUGACUGAAAAAAAAUGUUAUUGAAUAUUAUGUUGUAAUUUUUAUGUACUUAAAGGAAGGUCUCUUUUUACCUAAUUAUAUAGGUUUGUCAUUGUUUGGUAGAGUGGUUUCUGUCCAGGACACUUUCCGUUUUUAGCCUUGGGCCUUUUUUUGAGAGAUAAAAUGUUGCCCCAUAUCUUACCAGUGUUUCUCUGUUCCAUGUGUCAUAAGCUUUCUUUCCUAACCUCUCUAAUGCUGAUCCCUUCAAGGUCAGACGUGUAUCUAUGUGCCCUUUCUUGAUCAUCCUUUGGUUGGUGAACAUUUUUUGUGUUCCUUUUUGCAUACUAUUUGGCAGGAUUGAAAAGCUUUGAAUUUCUGUUUCCUAAUGGGUUGAGACUGGAUUUGCACAUUUAAAUUCAACAUCACAGCUUUAUUUUGCCUCCAAACAGCCGACUCAUGUGUCUCACACGUUAUCAUGUUCCUCUAAACAUAGUUUAUAUCACAAAGAGACCACUGCUUUCCGGUCCUGUCUAAGGACUGCCAAGGAUUUUAGAUCAAUAUAAACAUUUACAUUUUAUUCAUUUAGCAGCGGCUUGCAUCCAAAGUGACAAACAAAAAGUGUGUGUCGAAAGCAGCAGAAGUGCAUUGUUUUUGCACAGUAUUUCUGUGGUCAAAGCAUGGUCUGCAUUUACUAAGUCUGUAUUUGCUAAACACAGGCAUUUUACUUUCAGUGUAGUUACAUUUAUAAGCAAUACAUGCAGUGGUGAAGAAUUAGAAUGGAUGGACUAAAACUCUGAAUUAGACAACGUCCCUGCAUGUAAUAGCUGCUAUCAUGUAUGCAGCACAUGCAG